AUGUAUAAAUCAUUAAUAUUUAUUUGUUUAGCAUUGAUUGUUGGAAUCGUUAGCUCACAACCACAACCAACACCAUUAACACUUCAAUCAUUUAGUUUUGAUGCAUCAACCUAUUCGAUUUUUGAUACCUAUCAAAUCAACUUUACACAACCCAAUGCUCAGGUGGCACACCAGAGAUUCUUGUUGAGCAUUACAAAUACAUCAUUAGGAGAUUGGGUACCUGCUACGUAUCCAUCGAUAGCAAUUGAUGUAAGCACUGGUAUUACUCACACUCACUUUCAAUCGUCUGUCACUGAACAUGUAGUACUCAGCUACCAAGAGUCUACCAAACAAAGCAGUUUUUACACUUUUGUGCCAGAGCAGCCAAUGGGUGAGGUCAUUGCCUGUAUCGCCAUCAACAAGCAAGUCUAUCUCAUUGACAAUGGAUAUAGUAACUCAAAGUUCUUGUUGUACAACAUGGUUGAUGGUCAACCUCAGUUGAUCUGGACUUCACCAUACGGAUCAUUAAACACCUUUACCUUUUCAGUCGUCGGUGACUACAUUGUCUUUGUCUGUCAAGGCAACGGAGGUGCUACAAACUACUCUUACAUCUACACCUAUGACACUACCACCCAAAGUCUCGUAUCUACCUACAGAGUUAAUCAAAUAGAUAAUAGUUAUGGUUCUUUCAUUGCCUAUUAA